UCUGAUAAAUACAAGCAAGCUUUCGUAUCAUGGAUUGUAAUGAAUAUAUCAUCGUGCGAGGAAAUUAAGUGCAAUUUUUCACUGUGUCUAAAAAAAAAAAGCCUAAUAUUUGCAUGAAAAUUGCUAACUCGUUUUGUCACUUCAAUAAGUCGAUCAAAAAGAAUCGAUUCGUUCAAUGGCUAAGUGCUUGUGGGUGGGUGGUGAGAUAGUGCCAAGAUGUCUCUGGUGGCAUUAUUGAAGAUGCUUGGUCUUGGGGCAGUGGCUAUCGUAUUAGGCCUGGAAGGGCUGGACUGGUUGCUGGCUCUGCAUCUUUGGCCCAGAAGAGGUUCCCGUCAGCCCCUGAAGGAGGUUCUCUUCUUUCCUUCACCGGCAGCAUGUGUGGAGCACUUGUACAAUCCACUCAGGGUUCAUUCAUGCCUGUGUCCCCUCCCUCAUGGCCUCAACACAUCAUUCACCAGACUCCUGGAGCAUCUUCUUUCAGCAUGUGUUUCGCUGGACCUUUGUCUGUUCUCCUUCUCCAACACCGAGCUGAGCCGGGCUGUGCUGCUCUUACACAGCCGUGGUGUGCGUGUGCGCGUGCUUACGGAUCGAGUCUACAUGGCCAUCACCGGCUCUCAGAUCGGCAUCCUCCUCAAGGCCGGUAUCUGUGUGAGGCAAGAGCUGGCUAUCACAAUGCACAUGCAUCAUAAAUUUGCAUUGUUGGAUGGCAGGAAGCUGAUCACCGGCUCCCUCAACUGGACCAUGACAGCGGUGCAGAGCAAUAAGGAGAAUGUGAUUGUGACAGAGGAGCCAGAGCUUGUUCGACCCUAUGAGGACGAGUUCAACAAGCUGUGGGAGGCCAACGACCCGGUCAAACACACAGGGACACGAAGGGACUCCUGACUCCCACCAGAGACGAGUAGAUGGACAUAGUUAGCUGUAACAUUUAAUUAGUUUUGUUUUAUUUAGUAGGAUUAGAUUCAGA